GAUGAAGGCAGCGGGAGCGUGCGUUUUGUGUGCGGGCACGUCGGGAUGGACGCUGACGGUUGAGUAAAGCAGAGGGUGUCGACAGGUAACCACCGCAGACGGGACUGCACCUUGGCUGUACUCCUCCUCCUCCACCACCUCCUCCACCUUCCGCCGCCGCUCUUCGGGAGUGAAGGUCCGUCCGGAACCGCCUCUCGCCCCGCUGCCUUUGCCCGCCAGCGCCGGACUUCAAUUCUGCAGCAGAAAUGUCGGAAAAAAUGGAGAUUUCCAACGAACUGUUCGAGAGCGUGAAGGAAGCGGUGGGUCGCAGGGUGAAACUGACCCUGAGGCACAAGGUCCAGCUGGAGGUCAAAGGUGAGAAGGUGGAGAGCAGAGUGCUGGCUCUGGCGUCACAUCGAGCUUAUUUACUCACAGCCAGAGUCCCUUCUAAGGUUGAACAGUCAUUCAGCUACUUGGAAAUUCAUGGAGUUUGCAGCAACAAACCCAAUCAGCUGGUGUUGGAGCACGAGCGCGGCCCCUGGAGCCUCCGGCUGGGCUCGGCGGACGAGGUGGACGAGGUGGUGGCUCACAUCGGCAGCUGCCUGCAGCAGAUCUGCCCCGCUGGCUCCCCCGGGAAGUUGAUGAGGAAGUUGAGUUUAAAUCCUCCAGAAAGGACCGCAGUCCUGCAGGCUCUCUGGGCUGAGCAGAGCUCCUCUGACCUGGGGCCUUGUGGCGGCUUCUCUCAUCAGUACUGGUGUGUGUGCGACUACUUGGGGUUGCCAUACAGGGAGGAGGUCCAGUGGGAUGUGGACACAAUUUAUCUGACUCAGGACACCAAAGAGCUCAACCUUCAAGACUUUGCUCACCUUGAAAACAGGGAUUUGGUGGCAAUCAUUGCAGUUUUAGAAUACAACCAGUGGUUCACAAAACUCUCCACUAAAGAUUACAAACUGUCCGCUGACGUGUGCGACCAGAUUUUGAGAGUAGUGGCUCGAUCCAGCCGGCUGGAGGAGCUCAUGCUGGACGGCGCUGGACUCAGGAGCGACUUUGCACAGAAGUUGGCGUCCGCUCUGGCACAAAACCCUUCAUCGGCGCUCCACACAUUCAACCUGAGCAACAACUCACUGGAGGACAAAGGUGUUUCUGCUCUGAGCGCUCAGCUGGCCAAACUUCCACUGGGCUUCAAACAUCUGAAUCUUUCCAGGACCUCCAUGUCACCUAAAGGUGUGAACAGCCUCUGUCAGGCUCUGUGUGCUAACCCGGUUGUGGCCUCCACUCUCACACACCUUGACCUGUCUGGAAACUCCCUCCGAGGCGAUGACAUCACGAAUUUGCACAGCUUCCUGAGUCACCCCAACUGUCUGCAGACUCUGGAUCUGUCCAACAGCGACUGUUCGCUGGAACUGAUCUGUGGGACCCUUUCUAAAGGCUGCUUAAAGCAUCUGUCUGUCCUCAACCUGUCAAAAAGUGUGUUUUCCCACAGGAAGUGUAAAGAAAUCCCUCCAUCCUUCAAGCAGUUCUUCAGCUGUGCUCAAGCUCUGACGUCUGUUAGUCUGUCAGGAACCAAACUGCCUCACGAGGCGUUAAAGGCAUUGUUGUUGGGCCUGGGCUGCAACCCCAACCUGAGUGACGUGUCCCUGGAUCUGAGCUGUUGUGAGCUGCGCUCUGGAGGCUCUCAAGUCCUGGAAGGCUGCAUCGCUGAAAUCCCAAAUAUUUCCAGUCUGGAUAUUUCUGACAAUAGUUUGGACAUGGAUCUGGUCACUCUACUUGUCUGGCUGUCCAAAAACCGCUCCAUUCGACACCUUUCCCUGGGAAAAAACUUCAACAAUAUCAAAUCCAAGAAUGUGGCUCAGGUCCUGAACAAUCUGGUUCUAAUGAUUCAAGAGGAGGAUUCACCCCUGACCUCCCUGUCCCUCGCCGAGUCGAAGCUGAAGGCCGACAUUUCCAUCGUCCUCAACGCUUUGGGCAGCAACACCUCUCUGACCAAACUGGACAUCAGUGGGAACUCCAUGGGAGACAUGGGGGCUAAAAUACUGUCCAAAGCCCUGCAGAUCAACAGUAAGCUGAGGACCUUAGUGUGGGACCGAAACAAUGUCAGUUCUCAGGGUCUGCAGGAUGUAGCAGCUGCCUUGGAGAAGAACUACACGAUCCGAUUCAUGCCGGUUCCCAUCAUGGAUGCUGCUCAGGCUCUAAAGGCCAAUCCAGAGAAGACCGAGGAUGCCCUAUUGAAGAUGGAGCGGUACCUGCUGAGAAAUCACGAGACCCGUAAAUACGUCCAGGAGCAGGCGUACAGGCUGCAGCAGGGAAUCGUCACCACCACCACUCAACAGAUGAUGGACACCAUGUGUGUCAAAGUGCAGGAUCACCUGAACUCUCUGAGGUUCACUGAGACCAACUCUGUUCAAGAGGACAUGAAAGUGGCUGUGAACCUCAUGAAGGAUGCCAGAAACUCCAAAACUCUUCUGCGUAACUUGUACCACUUAGGAGGGUCCAGAGGUACGUGUGUUGGAGCCAUUCAGGAAAAACUGGAGUCGAUGGCUGGAGAAAUGGCCGGAGUGAUGGACGAACAGCUUCAGGCCAUGCUGGUGUCCAUGGUGGACUCUGCAGAAGGCCUGUGUUCUCAUGUGAUGAAGAAGAGCGGCCUUCGUCAGGAGCUGCUGAAGGCCGGAGCGGGGAGGGUGACCGUACCCCGCGGCUUCAUCACCACCACGCUGGUGGAGCAGGCGGGGGCCGAUAUCAUGAACAAGAUCAGUGAAGUCAAACUGGCCAUGGCGUCGCUCCUGUCCGACCGCAUCGUGGAUGAGAUCCUGGAAGCUCUUUCCUCCUCGCAGCACACUCUGGCUGAGCAUCUGAUCAGGAAGGACCAAUCUGUGCUGCAUCAUGAAGCCCAGACGGAGACGGGAGUCCUGGAGGAGAGGCUUUUGCCUUCAGAGAAACACGAGCUGGAGGGUUUAGACCCGUGCACGAUGACUCCUAAAUCAAAGAGGAAGAGUAUUCUGGUCCGAAUGCUGCGGCCCAUAUCUGUGGCAUUUGAGCUGGAGUUUGACCUGGACAAAGCUCUGGAGGAGGUUCCCAUCCAUGUGGAGGAUCCUCCUCCGCCUCCCGGCCCUUCCCAGGCGUCGGACAGAAUGUCGUAUUGUGGCGGAGAGCUGCCCCCGCCUCCCACGCCAUCACUCGGCGGCUUUGGCGAGCUGCCGCCCGUGGAGCUCAAAACGCUCGAGAACUGCACCAAAAACCGUCCAAAACCCAAGAGGAGGAUGAAACCGAGCAGACCCCAUCGGCAAAGCAUCGCUCCACAGGAGGCGGAGCAGAACAGCAUGAUGGGAAAGCUGGAUGAGGGCCUGGAUGACUUUUACUCCAAGAAAGUCGUGAGGCUGAGCUUCAGGCUGCCUUCAGUCAAAGCCUCCCCUCCCCAGGAGAACACGGAUAAGAAGCGUGAAUCCAGAAUGAGUGGAAUCUUUAACCUCAUCAAAUCUCGCACCUCAAAGAGCAACAGCACCGCCACGUCCCCCCUUCCCACCUCCCCCUCCGCCCAACCCGUUUUAUCCGUCAGCUCGGUAGCGGAGGAGACCCCCGCGAGUUCGCCAACUCCACCUGGGAAAGUCCCUGCCGUCGCCGCCGCCGCCGCUGCCGCCGCUGCCGAGCCUCAACAGGAGCUCCACAAAAGCAGGACACAGUCCUCCAACCUCAAAGAUCCCGAGAAGGAGGCCGGCCUGACGGCUGAAGUCGCUGGGGAGAACAAACACAAGGAGGCUUUGGAGAAGGCGGAGCCUGUGGAGAGGAAAGAACACCCGGUCACGCAAAGACAUGUUGGAGUUCCCAUGAUGGGGAAGGACCUGCUGGCUGAGAUGAAGGCCAGGCAGGGGAGAACGCGGCAGGAAAAGCUCCCCGACAAGAAGCUUGAGCCUGGAUCUGAACCGGAGAAGGUCAACAAAGUCAAACCAGAGGUUUCUGCAACGGUCCCAGCAGACACGGAGGACUCCAGACCAGAACCAGUUCCCAGAUCCAAACCUCUGAGUACCAGCCCCAAACCCCCCCUGGUAUCCCGCACAUCUGGACUCCUAAGCCCAACUCCCCCCAAACCCAGCAGCCCUGCUGUUCCGGAUGACGCCAUGGAUCCAGCGGGGGUCUCGUCUCCCAAAGCACCACUGCCUGCCCCCCGCCUAAAGAGGACGCAGUCGGAGCAAGACAGGGAGAACGGUGGCGGCAGCUCCACGGGGCCCCCGUCUCCACCCCACGUUGAUUCUGCAGCAGAUGGAGACUCCUUUGAGCAGCAAAUUACCGAGAGCGGCGGUGGCGGCGGCGGCAGGCAGUGGUCCUCUCUGAAGAGUUCCUCCAGUCUUCCACCUCACCGGGAGGAAGAACGCGAGCGCACAAAGUCCCUCCCUCCUAACACCUCAACCACUCAUAUGAGAACUUUGUCUCAGGCGGACUCGGACUCGGCUGACGCAGAGAUUCCCGCUUCGCCGGUCGACCUCAGUAAAUCCGACGAUGACUCUGGUAACGAGUCUCCCCCGCUGUGACGAGUCUCCGCUGCAGAUCCUGCUCCGCUGCGCCCCCUCCUUCAGGAACCUCAACCGCCUCCAGGCGUCCUGCCAAACUGAAUCCAGAACAGCGUGUUGGGCGUCUGUCACAGAUCUGUUCAAAUGUCCAAAUCUCAUGGAGGUCAGGGUUGCUGUGAGCUCAUCCAGAACUGCUUCCUUCUGAUUUGGUCUGCAGAGACCAAAAACCAGACAGAAGUUUUAUCAAAGGUGCAGCACUGCAGCCCAAACUGAGGAGUUGCCUUAAAUCCUUUUUUUAUUUUUUACAUGACAAUAUUAUGAUUUUAUUUGCUGUGAAGCAGUCCAUUGCUUUUCUUUAAAAUUUAAUUCAAUAGCAAAGGAAAAGCAACGUUUCUCUUUUGUUCUCUGGAAAUGAAUAUGUCAACAAAAUUAUUACUGCACAAGUCCCGCCCACUUAUCCGUUAUUGCUGCACAAGUCCCGCCCACUUAUCCAUCAUUACUGCACACGUCCCGCCCACUUAUCGAUUAUUGUUGCACAAGUCCCGCCCACUUCUCGAUCAUUUCUGCACACGUCCCGCCCACUUAUCCAUCAUUACUGCACAAGUCCCGCCCACUUAUCGAUUAUUGUUGCACAAGUCCCGCCCACUUAUCCAUCCUUGCUGCACAAGUCCCGCCCACUUAUCCAUCAUUGCUGCACACGUCCCACCCACUUAUCCAUCAUUACUGCACAAGUCCCGCCCACUUAUCGAUUAUUGUUGCACAAGUCCCGCCCACUUAUCCAUCCUUGCUGCACAAGUCCCGCCCACUUAUCCAUCAUUGCUGCACACGUCCCACCCACUUAUCCAUCAUUACUGCACAAGUCCCGCCCACUUAUCGAUUAUUGUUGCACAAGUCCCGCCCACUUAUCGAUUAUUGUUGCACAAGUCCCGCCCACUUAUCGAUCAUUGCUGCACACGUCCCGCCCACUUAUCCAUCAUUACUGCACAAGUCCCGCCCACUUAUCGAUUAUUGUUGCACAAGUCCCGCCCACUUAUCCAUCCUUGCUGCACAAGUCCCGCCCACUUAUCCAUCAUUGCUGCACACGUCCCACCCACUUAUCCAUCAUUACUGCACAAGUCCCGCCCACUUAUCGAUUAUUGUUGCACAAGUCCCGCCCACUUAUCGAUUAUUGUUGCACAAGUCCCGCCCACUUAUCGAUCAUUGCUGCACACGUCCCGCCCACUUAUCCAUCAUUACUGCACAAGUCCCGCCCACUUAUCGAUUAUUGUUUCACAAGUCCCACCCACUUAUCGAUUAUUGCUGCACAAGUCCCGCCCCCUUAACGAUCACUUGAGAUGAAAUAAGGAUGUAUAGUUCUUGUAUUUACCAUGCAAAUCAAUGAAAACACUGUUGCCACUUUCUCACCUGAAAUAUGCUGUUAAUGUUCUGCUGCACAUAUCAGUGUAUAUGAAUGUAAAUAUGAGCUCACAUGGGUUUUUGUUUUUAAUCAAAGGGUUUUUUUGAUCAAAUCUAUGCAGAAAUAGAGUUGAUUUUGUGUUCUGAACACAGGAUGUCGCUGCUUUAUCUAGCGAAAUCUGUCUGUAAAUGUGCAUUCGUUUUCUUCCACGAUCAUCGGUGAUGGGUUUGUUUUUAUAUUUCAGUCACUGGGAGAACGUCUUUUUAUGAUGCACAGUGCAACAUAUAUUUUAUUUCAUGACUGUGCAUUUAGAGCUGCAAAUAUUUCUGUUUUGGAAAGUUUAUGCCAAUGAACAAAGUCAAUAAAAAAAUCUGUCUCUA